UGCUAGUGCUAGUGUACGGGUGAUCGCUGGUCAGCACGGAUUUGGUGCCCCUCAGGCCGGAGUGACGAUCAGAUCGGGACAUGAUCAUCGCUCUCACCCUCACCACCUGCUGCCUGGUCCUGAGAGCUCCACUGGGACAAUGUGCCGUCUGGCAGUCCCCAUCAUCUGUGCGGGCCAUUACGGGCGGCAUGGUGGAGCUGAGCUGCUGGUUCGAUGAGCCCGCCAUACUGCCCCGCCUCGCCGCCUUCACCUGGGAGCUGCCGUGGGGCCGAGUUUACCGUCUGGAGCCGGGUGGCAAGGCCGGAGGCAGCACCGGGCAGAGAGCGACAGUCCACGCCAACCUCAACAACAGGAGUAGCAGCUUGGUGGUCAGUGCCAUCGCAGCCACGGACACUGGGCACUACCGGUGUGUGGUUCAACUCCUGGAGCCACUGCCCAUAGUGACCAUGGAGGGAGCUGGCACCUGGCUACAGGUGGCACCAGCAUCUCCAGGAGUGACAGCAGCAGUCUCUCAGUCACCUGCCCACCUCUUGGUGGUGGAGGGAGACCCUGUUAAUCUGACCUGUACCUUGAGGACCAGCACAGUGGUGGAGCGAAUGAACUUCAUCUGGAGAUGGGGCAGGUCAACAAUCACCUGUGUGGCAUCGCCCAAUGAUUCCCACUCAUGGCCUUGUGAUCCUCGCACUGAUCCAAAGAUUCGCAUCACCACCGAUCUACAAACCAAAUCCUCACAGCUCAGAAUCGCACAGGUCUCUCACAACGACAGCAGGACCUACCAGUGUGAAGUUGUGAUCAUCAAACCUCAGGCCCUAGGAACAAUCACUGGCAACGGCUCCAGACUUCAGGUUGUAGGCGGUGUGGAUGGAUGGAGAGAUGACCACAGUGAUGUCCGGCUUCUGCCCGUGAAUAGGGACGUUGACCCCACCACGACCCGGCUGGAGGGCUGGACAUUCACCCUGGUGCUGAGCACCGUCACCGUGACCCUCGCCGCCGGCCUCGGAUACAGCUGCUGGAUGGCGAGAGGGGUCAGCGAUCGGCGCCCCGAGACCACCGUGGGAUCGGGGGACACCCCUACACCGGGCACCCAUGGGUGUUGGGCAGCAGGGCAAGAUCCCAGGAUCGCCUGAACCCGACGGGA